AUGGCCAACAGCAACUACAAGUUCGAGGGGUGGGUGGGCGAGGACGAGGCAUCGGCCGAGGGCAAGAUGGUGUGGAAGGACUACGAGCCCAAGAAGUUUGAGGAGACGGACGUGGACAUUCGCAUCACGCACUGCGGCAUCUGCGGCUCCGACAUUCACGUCCUGAGGUCCGGCUGGCGCAAGGCCCCCUACCCCGUCGUCGUCGGCCACGAAAUCGUCGGCGUCGCCGUGCGCGUCGGCUCCCAGGCCGAGGGCAACAUCAAGGUCGGCGACCUCGUCGGCGUCGGCGCCCAGUCCGACUCGUGCCUCGGCCGCGACGACGGCCCCUCCUUCAAGUGCGCCGAGUGCGCCGAGCGCAGCGAGAACUACUGCACCCGCUCCGUCGUCACCUACGCCUCGCGCCACCGCAACGGCGACAAGUCCUACGGCGGCUACGCCCGCUACCACCGCUGCCCCUCGCACUUUGUCUUCAAGAUCCCCGACGGCCUGGCGCCCGAGUUCGCCGCCCCCAUGCUCUGCGGCGGCGUGACCGUGUAUUCCCCGCUCAAGCACUUUGGCGCCGGGCCGGGGAAGCGCGUCGGCAUCGUGGGCGUGGGCGGCUUGGGGCACUUUGCCGUGCUGUUUGCGAAGGCGCUGGGCGCAGAUGAGGUGGUGGGCAUCUCGCGCAGGGCGAGCAAGCGCCAGGAGGCGCUCGAUUUGGGCUGCACUGACUACAUCGCCACCGAGGACGACAAGGACUGGGAGACGAAGAAUGCGCGCAGGCUGGACCUCAUCAUCUCUACCGUCUCGUCGCCAAAGAUGCCCUUCUCGGGCUACCUCGGCCUCCUCAGGCUCGACGGCACCCUCGUCCAGGUCGGCCUGCCCGAGGGCGAGCUCCCCUUCCGCCCCUCGAGCCUCACAGGCGCGCGUCGCCGCGUCGCCGGCUCCGGCAUCGGCUCGCCCGACGAGAUCCGCGAGAUGCUGCAGCUCGCCGUCGACAAGAAGGUCGAGCCCUGGGUCGAGAAGCGGCCCAUGUCCGACGCCAACCAGGCCAUCAUCGACUUUGAGGCCGGCAAGCCGCGCUUCCGCUACGUGCUCGUCAACGAGGAGCAAUAA